GAUAAUCGUAAACUUUCACCCCGAGAGAAAAAUCGCGAUCUGUGGAAUUCCUUAAAAAGUUGAAAAGUUUGAUUAAAAAUUGUGGACUUUGCAGGAUUACAUUAGCUCGUUCGCUAGUUCAUGUCAGUCUGCUUCCGUUGACGGUGAACAAGCGCUGAAAAUGUUCUGAUAGUAACCAAAAAGUGCAAGACAAAGGAACCUGCUUUUCGCAAUCGUCGACUGCUGCGCUGCUGUCUUGUAUUUUUUCGUUCUUCAUUCCGUAAACCAGGGGUCCCAUUUUCGGUGGCAUAGUCCCACCGCAAUAGUGUACCGUGGAUUGCACACGGAAACCUCCCGGAAGUAGUUAGCUCGUUGGCGAGAUGUCAAAAACGGUGCGAAGACCCACGGCAGGAAUUCAUCCCAGCUGCUAUCAGCCUGCUCGAUUGGAGGAGCGUCGGAACAAUGCCCGGAAGCUACGGCAGGAGCGGCGACGGAAGCCGGAUAAACCGGAUGAUUUCGUGACCUAUGAGGAUAGCGACAGCGAAGAGGAAACUCCGGCCCAGCAGCACCAGAUACUGAGCACUUCGUUCAACUUUGUCGAUUACAUCCGCAGCCGGGAGUCAGAUCUGCGGGAGGAACGAACCAUGGACCCAGCGUACGCCAGCCGACACAUUUUGACGCACGAUAUGUUUAAGGAGACGCCCAUCUCGCUCGGGAACAUCAACAAAGUAUUCUGCUCCCAGUGGCUCAGCAAUCGACAGGUUGUUUUCGGAACCAAGUGCAACAAGCUAAUGGUCUAUGACGUGAACACCCGAAAGGUCGAUGCUAUCCCAACGUUGCCAAACAGCCGCGGCGCAAGUCCGGACACUCAGUCCGGAAUCCACGCCUGUCAAAUCAACCCAAGUCACAGCUUGCUGGCAACGGGAGCCCGACAUUCUGCUGAUAUUGCCAUCUACCGGCUACCAACCCUGGAUCCACUUUGCAUAGGUGAAAACGCCCACCGAGACUGGGUCUUCGAUAUGUGCUGGUUGGAUGAUCAGUUUCUGGUAUCGGGAUCACGCGAUACCAAACUGGCACUGUGGCGGAUCAACGAGGAUACGAUGGAGUUUCCGGUAGCCAAGGAAGGCGAAGAGCAGGAAACGGUACCAACAUAUGCUCACAUUUCACCCAUAUCGGUCAAAGAGUGCCGGGGUGCUCAGAAGAUUCGGGCAAUCUGUUUCAACAAGGAAUAUCGCGAGCUGGCACUGCUUUCCUUGAACGGCUACAUGCAUCUGUUCAAUGCUGAAACUUUCUCGCAGAAAAUGUCCCGAAAGCUACCCAACUGUCAGGAAAACGUUUGCAUCGCUUGCCAACCUAAUGGUUUAUACGCCGUGGGUUGCCGGUCUUAUACGUUGCUACUGGAUCCCCGUACUUUACAGCCCGUUAAGAAGAUCGCCUCACGCUACAGUGGGUGCGGCAUUCGAUCGGCAAGCUUUCAAGGUAACAUUUUGACCAUUGGAACUGGUCUGGGUAUGCUUAUGUUCUACGACAUCCGAGCCGGAAAGUAUCUCGAAUCGCAAACCAGUGCAUCGCGCACGGUUGUACUCAAAGCCAGCCGAGGAUAUGUCGCACAAUUCCCAGAAGAGGAGAUGGAUAAUUUCCAGCAAAUUAAGUACGUUCCGGCUAUUUACACGCACUGCUACGAUGGCAGUGGUACAAGACUGUUCACGGCUGGAGGCCCCCUGCCGGCGACACUCAUAGGAAACUAUGCGGGAAUUUGGCAAUAACUCUUGUGCGAGUGAUGAGCGUGAACCCGAACCCCAGACUCGGAUCGCACAUUAACACGAUCCCUUCCCUAUCACCCUCCCCUAUCUAGGACAAAUGGUAUAACAUUAUUUAUUUACUUUACUAUAUGGUAUAAUAGUAUCCUCUUAACUACAUGAAAGCUACGAAAAACAGUCUCAGCGAAAUUCUAUACGCAAGCAAAAACAAGCAGGUUUUGUUCAAAAUUUCAAGCAUGGUGUAGCCUAUUAUGAUCUUAGAAGUUUAUUUUAGUUAAAGUUUUUUAUGUUAAUAAAUUUUCACAUCUUCAAAUAAACAUUAUUUUUUUCAAGAUUUGGUAGCAAUUAAAUUCAAUAUUUGUUUUUGUUUUUUACCAAAUUUUUGUAACUGAAAAAAAUUACGAAUAACACAAUUAGACCGGAACAAAUAUCAAACUUUUCUUUUGACCUUCCCUUCGGUUUUUUUUUCAAAAAUCCCAAAGGGAGGAAUAAAUAAAGUUUAAGGAUUUUUAUUGAAAAUUUUGAUAAAUUCUUCGAAAAUUCAAACAAUUGAUAGAGUGGAAGUCAAACUGUACAAGAUAGGAAUUGUAUAUCCUUUCAAAUUUUCGAAGCUAUGAAACUCGGUUUAUCAAUAUUGUGCAAUAUAGAUUGUAUGCACAUGUAUGCAAGUUUGUUGCGUACUAUCUUUUAUCCAAUUUGUUACAAUUUAUCGAAAAUUUGGAUUAUGUUUUUAUUAUACCCCCCCUUUAAAAUACCCUAAAAAAACUUGUCGCAGUUUCAACUACAAUUAACACCACUCGAAAGAGCUGAAAGGCAAAUAUGACGUCGAUAAAAAUGAAUAUUUUUUCUAAAAGAAUUAAAAAAAACAAUGAUUUCACUUCCAUUUAGAAGAUCAUGUGUAGCGCAAUCAUCGGAGAUUUGGUCAAGUUGGAUCGAUUUAACUUUCUAGCUGGUAUUGUAUAUGUAAGAGGAUGUAAUCUAUAAACCUAUAAUAGAGAAAGACCACCAUACAAUCCCUAUCCGUACAGAACGAUUUUCAACGAACGCGAGCAUGAAAACUGUUCAACGACUGUUGGAAAAAGUAAAACUCACAACUUUAAGACAGAUAACAGAUAGCAAAAUGAGUUAAGAGUUAGCUUUGUUUAGAUUCGGUGAUUCUUCUUUAAGGCAAAAACAAAAAUAGAUCCAUAUUUUAUAUUUACGCGUUUUCUAAUACCUAACAACGGUUUAUAAAAUUAGUUUUACAACAUUUCGCAGAAUAUUUCUUCGAGAACGCAGAGAACGGAAAACUAAUUUGCCACUUGUAAAGGGAUAGUUUGAGGCGUCUAGUGUUCGGAAUUUUCUAAACUUGCGUUUCCACAACUUGCGUACCCCAGUCUCAAUUUCGAAAGAGCAGCCAGGGUACACAGAUGAAACAUACUGAAUUAGGUAAGCAUACAUAGGUAUUUCUAAGGAGCUAGGAUCGGUUCUCCGUGGUCCAAAUCUGACACUAAAACGAUGAUGCUCAAACUUAAACUGUUUUGAACAUGACGGACCGGAGAAACCGGAUAUGAACGAGUAUAAACGAGAGAAAGAAAAUACGUUACGCGAUUAGGUUUAGUGGCAAUCGUAACAACAAAAGGAAUACAGAAACUAUUAAAACAAAAGUAUAAACUUGAAAGAAAUAUAAAUUGAUAAGUU